AUGGCUUCGGAACCAGUCGAUGUGAGGUACGACGACGACAAGAAGGGUCCGUCUUCCAGCGAUGACUUCCCUCGUGAAGUUGACGAGUCAGCCUCGUCCAUUCCGGUGCUCGACCCUAAUGCCGAGAAGCGCCUGUUAUUGAAGCUGGACACUUACUUCGUCCCCAUCAUCAUGCUUGUCUACCUGACUUGUUUCCUCGAUCGAAGCAGCAUUGGCAACGUCAAGGUUGCCGGCAUGCCCCAAGAUAUCGGCGCCAGCCCGAAGCAGUUCUCGACGGCCGUUUCCAUCUUCUAUGCGACCUACGUGGUGUUUGAGCCUCCGUGGAGUAUCCUGAUGAAAUGGGUCACGCCACGCAUCUUGCUCACGGGCCUCUGCACCGUUUGGUCUCUGACAACCAUCUUCUCGGGCUUCAUCCACAACGUAGCUGGCUUGUAUGCCGUGCGACUCAUUCUCGGUGCCUGCGAGGCCGGACUCUUCCCUGCGCUGAACUUGUACCUCACCAUGGUGUACAAGCGCCACGAGCAAGGAAUAAGGGUGUCGUAUCUGUUUGUGUGCACGGCGAUUUCGGGUGCCUUUGGAGGAUUGCUUGCGUUUUGCAUUCUCAAGAUGGACGGUGUUGCGGGCUAUGCGGGCUGGAGAUGGGUGUAUAUCAUCGAAGGUAUCUUCAGCUUCAUCGUUGCGCCGAUUAUCUGGUUCGGAUUGCCCAACGAUCCUUCCAAUGCCUACUUCCUUAAUGAAGAAGAGAAGGCUAUGAUGAAGGUCCGUGAGGCACAGCGGGCUCAGUAUAUGGGCAGCGAGGAAUUCAGCUGGGAGGAGAUUCGGAUUAGUCUCAAGGACCCGAAGCUAUAUCUCAGUGCCGCCAUUCAAUUCUGCCAGGACAUCCUCCUGUACGGCUUCAGCACAUUCCUCCCUUCCAUCAUUGUCAGCAUGGGCUACACUUCCAUCCAAGCCCAAUAUCUCAGUAUCCCGGUAUUCUUGUUUGGCGGCAUUUGCUUCAUUGCAUUUGCGUAUAUUUCGGACCGGACCUGUAUUCGCGGGCCAAUGGUGUUUCUUGCCAACAUUCCGGGCAUCAUCGGCUACAUACUUAUUCUCUGCCCUACGAGCAACCCCGUCAAGUUCUUUGGCACGUUUCUCUGUGCCGUUGCGGUUUAUAAUGGUCCUGGACUAAACCUGACGUGGCUCAAUGUCAAUGUCGCGCCGCAUUACCGCCGUGCUACCGCGAUUGGAGUGCAGCAAGGUCUUGCAAACACGGCUGGUAUUGUUGCAGGACAGAUUUACAGGACCGCGCCGUUCGUCCUGGGAAAUGGCUUCUCUGUGGGCGCGCUGGGAGUUUCGCAGCUGCUUAUUAUUGCCAAGUGGUUCUAUAUCCGGCACCGCAAUAACCAGAAGGAGAAGAUUGCAAACGGAGAGAUGGAGGACACUCGGAAGGUCCAGACUGGAGAUCGGGCUGUUGAUUUCAAGUAUCAUCUGUGA